CUUAGUCAUAAGCAGCAUCGAUUUCAAAUCGUACAAGUCACAUAUUUUCACGCUCUAGUACAAUAAAAAUAUAUAAAUACAUUUAAAAUAUAUUACGUUUCGCGCCUUUUACUGAUCUAUUGAUAUGUGGGCUACCAAUGUAAUUGUGGUCACACUGUUGCUGCUGCAUCUGGCAACCCUGGCGAUGAGCUGCUCUUGUGGCGAAGGCGCGAAUUUUGAAUGCGGAUGCACAAAACAAGUUGGUGCUCCUCUCUAAACCAGCAGGUGUAAGUGAUAUAAAUUUUCUUCCUCUUCGAUUCCCAAACAUCAUCGUUACCGAUGUUUUGAAAACAUCGAUAUUUCUCCCACCUCUAAUGCGGAUGCACAAGAAGCC